GUCAUGGAAAGCCAAGACACCAGCUGAAAUCUAUCAGUAAUUAGAAAGCAAUCCUGCCCCUUGUCAGUGCAAAUGAAUAUCAGCUGGUUCAGUCCCAACUGAUGGCCUAUAAAAAGGUGUCUCAUUACCAAGGUGUCACACAAGAAACAUCUCAUGAUGGGUAAAAGCAAAGAGCUCUCUCAAGACCUUCACAACCUUAUUGUUGCAGAACAUACUGAUGGCAUUGGUUCCAGAAGGAUUUCUAAACUUCUGAAUGUUCCAGUGAGCACUGUUGGGGCCAUAAUCCGGAAGUGGAAAGAACAUCAUUUCACCAUAAACCGGCCACGACCAGGUGCUCCUCGCAAGAUUUCUGACAGAGGAGUGAAAAGAAUUAUCAGAAGAGUUGUCCAAGAGCCAAGGACCACUAGUGGAGAGCUUCAGAAAGACCUGGAAUCAGCAGGUACAAUUGUUUCAAAGAAAACAAUAAGUAAUGCAUCAACCGCCGUGGCCUGUAUGCACGCUCACCACGCAAGACUCCACUGCUGGAGAAAAAGCAUGUUGAAGCUCGUUAAAGACUUUUAGUUUGAAAGGUUUGCUGCUUCACUGCCACCACGUGUGACGACACAUCCGUUUAGCCGACGGAGCGUUUUCAGUGUGACACCUCAGCAUGGACGAAAUAAUCACACCAGAGACCUGCGACUAUACCAGCUGUUACUGUGAAGAAAAUGUGUGGAAACUCUGUGAGUUUGUCAGAACCGAGAGAACCGCACGGCUGGAAGAAUUGUUUGUGGUUUUUAUCUCAAAUGGGAACCGAACGGUUCCUCUGUGGAAGCAGAAGUCUGGACGUGGAGAUCAGCCAGUUAUCUGGGACUACCACGUUGUGCUGCUGCAGAUCAGACUUCAUUCCUCUUCUCUGGUUUAUGAUCUGGACUCUGAGCUGUCGUUCCCCUGCACCCUGAAGCUGUAUGCUGCCCAGGCCCUCCGCUCAGACCACAACAUCAAACCUGCAUACCACAGGAAGCUGCGUGUAGUCCCUGCUGACAGCUUCCUGUUGAACUUCGCGUCGGAUCGAUCGCACAUGAAGAACUCUGAUGGGUCUUGGAGGAUGCCCCCCCCACCCUACCCCCCCAUACGAACCACAGAGUCUCAGAUGAACCUGGAAGACUUCAUCAGUAUGAGCCCUGCUGUCGGCUGGGGGCGGGUCUUCAGUCUGGACCACUUCCUGCAGCGACACAUGGGGGACUCUUCAUCAUCUUCAUCAUCCUCAUCAGCAGCAGCUUCAUCAUCACCGUAGCAGCUUCAUCAUCAUCAUCUUCAUCAUCAUCCUCAUCAGCAGCAGCUUCAUCAUCAUCAUCUAUUAUCAUCUAUUUCUUAUAUAUCUUGACUUUAAUUAUGAUUGACUUUUUAUUAUUAUAAUAAACUGAUUUUAUAUAUAUAUAUAUAUAUAUUUCUGCUAUUUUGUCACAAAUAAAUUAUUUUUCUUGUCCUUCUGAACACGGUGU